CAGAGAUUCAUUUUGAGCAUGGAUUUGGGCGGGGUCGAGGCUUGGGCGGGUUGGUUUUUAGCUUGCUGGCGCGACAUGGAGGGUCCGCCCCUUGAGCCAGACCUGAUCUUUCACACGCCCACGGGUCCCGUGGGCUCGUAUCUACUGGUUUGGCUGGGCCUCUCGCCCACCUUGCACACCUACCUCCAAACCGUCCCGCCCACCCCAGACACGCUCCAUGUGAGUUGGCCGGAUGUGUCGGCCUCGGAUUUGCGGGCAUUCUGCCAUGAAUUGCUCCUGAGCCACCCGCCUGAUCACAGCCUGUCCGUCCCGCCCACCAUUCACGCCCUCUUGGCCCCCAUGCCCCAGUUCAAGCGAGCCGAGCGGGUGAUGCGGGUGGACCAGGUCGUGCGUCGGGCCAGAUCUGCGGGUGCCAAGGCGGGUCCCUUCGUUUGCCGGUUGUGCGAUAAGGUGUUGUUGUCGUCGUACGCCCUAAAGUUGCAUGAGGGCGUGCACGAGGGGCGGAAACCCUAUGCCUGCACUCAAUGUCAACGCUCCUUCUCGCAAAAAUCUCAUUUAACGGUCCAUGGGCGGUCCCAUGACGGCGACAAGCCGUUCAUGUGCCCCACGUGCGGCCAGCGUUUUUCCAUUUCCUCCAAUUUGAAGCGGCAUUUGUUGCGGCACGAGAAAGCGGUCGAACACGGCUGGGAAGCCGACGCCUUCAAUGCCACGGCCACGGGUACGGGUGGGACCCACGACGCUCAAACCCCGUUGGAUCUCGUUGGUGGCCAGCUUCCCUGUCGUCAAUGUGAGCAAUCCUUCUCGUCUCGAUCGCAGUUGAAAGCCCACCAGAAGAUCCAUUCCGACGAUCCGCGGAAUCAGUGCAACAUUUGCGAUAGGAUCUGCAGCAACAAGACCGAGCUCAGUAAGCACACCCUCACGCACACGGGCGAUCGCCCGCAUCCUUGUGACCUUUGCGGCAAGCGAUUCGUGCAGAAAUCCCAGGCCAAUCAUCACAUGCGAACGGUGCACGCUCGUCAACUGGGCGAAAACCCUCGAAAGUAUGAUUGCCCCCAAUGUGCCAAGGGUUUCACAUCCAAGUCUAUCUUGCUCAAACACAUCAAGAUCCACACCAAUGAGCGACCCUAUCCGUGCCAUGUGUGUGGCAAGGCGUUCGUUCAAAAGGCUCACCUUCACACACAUUUAUUGAGACACACGGGUGUGAAACCAUUCUUGUGUGGAGAUUGCGGGAAAUGCUUUACGACCCAAUCGAAUCUGCGGGAACACAUCAAGACCCAUUCGGGCGAGCAGAGAAAGUUCCCGUGUCCCACAUGCCCCUUGACGUAUUCGAACCCAACGGAUCUCAAGGUUCAUAUCCGACGUCAUACGGGUGAAGCUCCUUUUCAAUGCGGACAAUGCCCAAAACGAUUCCGAGCUCGCCGUCAUCUCGUUAAUCAUGAGCGGACUCACACGGGAGCCAAGCCAUUUUCGUGCCAUAACUGCCACAAGACCUUCACCACGCCCAGUGGGCUGGGUCAGCAUUUUAAGAAGCAUGACACAUGUCGACUCACGGCGUCUACAGGCGCCUUUGCUCUGGGCGGUCCGGAAGUGUCUCGCGUGGAAGUUGUGUCCGAAAUAAUAAACCCAGUUCGCGUGGAACCUAUGGAACCACCAAGCUUGAUUUAGUAGUGACUGGAUUAAGAUGUAGCUCUAUUUUGUUUUCCUUAGA